AAAAGACAAAAGGAGACAUAAUAUUGAAGGCAAAGUUCCCAAGGCUUCUACAUAGUUGUUGAUUUGUUUUGAAGAUGUAAUUAACAAACAUUAAACAAUUUGCCAAUUUACAUUACUUAACUGAGAUUAAAAUAUUUAAAGUUGCAGUUGCGGCUUCACUCGGCUGCACGACGGAGCUGAUAGUAGAGUUAUUUUGUCGACGUUCCACGCAAACACAGUUCAGUAGUAGUAGCCUGCACACCUAUUGACUUAAACAUGACCUGAGUACAGUGAUUUUGAGGUUUUUAGUUGUUUUAUAUUUAAUAGUAACUUACACAACACAUUGUGAUUGUGGCUAGUUCUGUGUUUGUUUGGCAAAUUCUGUGCGUUAACUGUGAAAUUGUUGUACUGUUGUGUGCUACCUGUUAGUUAGUGUUAACUGUGAAACUGUUGUACUGUUGUGUGCUACGUCUACAUACUAACUAGAUCAUGUAAAGUAAAUGGUAAUCAUGUAUUUUAGUGCAAUAAAUUAAGCGCCUUAAAAAUCCAAAUUUACUUGAUCAAACUACAUUAAAACACUCAACCAAUUGUAACUAGAACAAGUAUAAUUUCUUAUUUUACAACUUGUCAUGUAUUUUUAUGGUUUUAACAGAAUCUUUAAUACAAAAAUGUACUAUUGACUAUUUGUAUUAUUAGUAUUAAAAAUAUUUAUGUUUGUUUAUUGUCCAUUCAGCCAUCUAUGAAUAUAGCCAGAUUUUUAAAACUUUUUUCCAGUCUCAUAUCAAAAGGCCAAAAGCAAUAUACAUAUCGUUAAAGUAAGGUAUAAAAAAAAUAUACAGUUAAGUCAGAUUCAGUGUUAUUAGUGCUAACUCAGUAUUAACUGGAAUUUCUAGGUCAGAGGUUUGUGUGCUUUUUGUGUUGGCUUUUUGUGUGAUGUAAUCUGUAACAGAGUCAGAAAUUUGUGUGUCAGGAACAAGGUAAGUUUAAAAAAAAAGGAUUUAUAAUGAUAUACCUCUAGUGUUUCUUCUUUUUUUCUAAUGGAUUUCCAACUUAAUAUAUUAUUGACAAUCUUUGGCAGAUGGUUGUAUAAUAAUGACAUUCAUAUUAGGCAUCGUGCCCCUCACCCUCAGUGUGUUGGAAAUAUAUGGAUGGUCCCUUGAAGCCUUGGGAGUAAGGGGAAUUAGAAAUUGAUUUCUGACAAUGCAGCAAAGAAUUUUAUUAUUAUUUAGCCUUAGAAGCUUUUUUUUUUUUUACAAUAUCAACCUUACACGAGAGAGCCUCAUACAGGGCAAAAUAAUAAGUCUGUUUAGUGCUAUCCAGAAUUAUCAGGGCUGCAUAAUUAUUCUUAACUGGCCACAAGGACUGCUAAUAAAUAAUUUAAAAGCUUGGUACAGUCUACGCUUUGGGAACCUCUUUCAGAGUUUUACUGUGUUUAUCUGUAACUAUUAUGAGUCGGACUAAAGCAACUAAAGGCAAAGAUGCUAAGCUCAAUGAUAAAUCAACUUUUAUUGUCAAAUGGAUUUAAUAGUAUAAUGAAUGAAUUAUCUUUUACAUUUCUUAUGUAUAUUUAAGUCAUUUGUUUUAAAAAAAAUGAAUUUUGCAAACUUCUUAACAAAACUUUGUAAAAAUAUAAUUAAUGCAAUAGAUUAUUUAGUAUUUAAGCCAUUUUUUGAAAAUUUUGUACUAAUUAAUUAUUGAUAUAUUUCUCUUAUUUACUAUAGUUUUGUUUGAUGUGUGGUGGAUGAUGUUGAUGAUAAAUUUGAUGAAUCGAUUGAAUGGUAAGGGUUAUCUAAGAGUACUUUUAGUAAAACAAUAUACUGAGAAGUCAAACACUUGUUUAAUCAGAUUAUUCUCUACCUUACUAUUAAAUUUUAAAUAGAUAUAGUUUUUCAAAAUCAUUGUUUCUUAACUUGCGAUGGCACAGCUAAAGAUAAAGAAGUUAUCUGGUGAGAUUACCGUAAUAAGAUAACUUUAAAUUCAUUCCUGAGCAUGGUCCGGCAUUAGAAAUAAAGCAUACAUAAGUUUAAAAUAUUUCAAAUACAUUCAAUGUUUCAAAUGCUGGAAAUUUGAGCAAGGAGAGGGAAAAGGUUUAAAGAAUAAACAAAUAGUCCCUCAAACUCAAACACAGCAUUUUUCUGAUUUUAUGACGUUUAAAACAGUUUUUUUGUUUAAUCUGAGUUUUCAAUAUUUUCCAAUGGAGUUGGAAAACUUAAAUUUCUAUUUGAAGCUAUGUUAGGCAACCGACCUUAAUUUAUUUCACUGACUUGCAAGCGUCAUUUAAGUUUGUCGGGGGGGGGGGCGGUUUUUCAGCCAGCCAUGUGGGUUGUUCACUCUACAAGGUUUUGUUACCGUGUGGCACUAUUGUGUUUAUCUUCACAGCUUCUCUUUUUGGCUGGCUGAAUAAAAGAAACAAUUGAGCCAGAAACCCCUCUUGAGUUGGGCGACCCCACCAUGGGUAUGCAUAACAACUGGCCCUACAUCAUCAACCUUGGCAACAGCAUCAUUGGAGUGGCUGUACUUGCCAUGCCAUUCUGUUUCCAACAAGUAAAUAUUUCAAUCCUUAUUUUAAAUGUUGUAUUCCUGAAUGCGUUUUUGUAAUAUUUUUAUUCUCAAAUCAGAUUAGCUGAUCCAUUUUAUAAUGAUCUGUUUGAAUAAUUAAUCAUUAUUAAGACCUUGAUAUGACUAAGAGAGUUCACUGAAUUUCUGUUUUUUUUCACCAGUGAAAUAAUUUAAUGUAGAUGUCUUGUGUUCAAAUUGUUUUAUUUAUGUGCUCAAAAUGUAUAUGUGCAAUCUAAUUAAAAAACAUUUCUAUUUGUUUGGAUCAAUAAAAGAAUCUUAUCUUAUCUUAUUAUAUUUUGUUGUUUCCCAAAUAAUUUUUCCUACACGUAUGUUUUCUAGUGUGGAAUCUUGUUGGGAAUGCUGGUACUUUUCUUCUGUACCUGGUUGACCCUUGUGUCAUGCAAACUCCUCUUAAAAGCAGGUGUGGCAUCUAGACGUAGAUCUUAUGAAUUUCUAGGUAAGUCUCAUUAUUUAAGCCCAAAAUUCAUCUAUGUUUAUUUGUCUUUUUCAGGCAAACAUUGCCAUUUUAUAAGAAAUCUCCAUAUCAGAAUCAUGAUUCCAAAACUUACUCUUUUUUUUUACUGUUUCAAUUCUCAGCUUAUCACACCCAUUGUUUCCAUUCUCAGCUUAUCACACUCAUGGUGCGCCAGGGAAAUUCAUCACUGAAGUGGGGUGAGUUAUUUCUAAUAUUUCCUCUGUCAAACCUCAAAGUUAAUGAAUUGAAUCAUUCACAUUAAAUUGUACAACUAAAUCUAGGGCAGUGGCGUGGCUAGGGAUACUGACGGGCCCAGUUCCACAUAGAAACUCUGUAGUUGGCAGAACAUGUGGUUCCUCCAAAAAAGAAGAAAAUGCCACCGAGACGGACCACCCCCUCCGAUGCCCCCCUCCGAAGCCCCCCUCCCUACGCCGCUGAUCUUGGGGCUUCAACCUUUCAGUGAAAAGGGACAAAACCAUUGAAUAAAAUGAGUACCAGUUCUUGAGCCUAAGUUGAAAAUAUUGAUUUAACAUCACCUGCAACCUUUAAAAAUGUUAGAGUUUUAAAAUAGUUAAUUCAAUUUUAAUUCCUCUAAUGAGAGAGAAGAAUCUACAUGGAUCGAAAGUCAUGUGGUUGUAUGCAUUUAGUUUUGCCCUUGUAAACAAAAAGGUAUUAUUUUAUCAUCCUCAUGUCCUAAAAUAAUAAAUAAGUUUGUUUUAAAAAUUGUAACAUCCAUGUUAGGGGUUGAUAUUGUCAUGUGACAUGUUAUUACAGAAUGAUUGGAAUGCAGUUGGGAACACUGAUUGCUCAAAUGGUGGUGAUUGGAGAUCUUGGACCUGCAAUAAUCUCAAAGAUUUUUGGAUUUGGUGUAAGUUGAAUCUUCAAAUAUUUGACUUGAAAAAUUGUUGACUUUUAAAAUAGGUGACUUUUAAAAUAAUUGACUAUUAAACUAGUUGACUUUUAAACUAGUUGACUCUUGUUGAGAGUAACAAACAAAACAAAAGUGAUUUUUUUGUUGUUGAUUCAAGGACACUAAUUUUGAUGUUUUUCUCUUUAUUAUUAAAAAAAAAAUGUCAAUAACUCAGUGCUGAGUGAAUAUUUGAUGUAAAAAUUCUCUAGGCAAUGUAAACCAGCUUGCACAUAAUUCAGAACCAGAGCUCUCAUUUAUAAGAUCAUUGUUUUCUCAAGUGCCAGAAUUAUCAUAAUUAACCCAGAUCUGGAGGUUUUUAAUUUUUUUAUAAAUUUACAUUCACCCACUUAUUUUUACUUGAACAUUCAGAAUUGUUUCUGCAACUUUUUUUUUAAAAGGAGGGAAUAGAGAUAAUCAAUUUCUACCAUACUUUGAUACAUCGUGGAGCAGUAUGAAAUGUGUUCAAAAAUAAAGCAAUACAGCAGUGUACUGAAAUAUGAAAGUAAAUAACCAUGUCAAAUGCUGAACAUUUAGGAUUUCAAAACUCAAGACAAAAAUCUUAAUGCUGUCUUCCAAGAAUAGUAUGCGCCUGGGAUGAGGACUUUUCUCAUUGUUUUCCUUACUUUGACCGUUGGACUUCCUAUGGCUCUUCUGAAGGACUUGAGGGCUGUCAGCAAAGCCAGCACUGUGUGCAUCAUGUUCUACUCUGUCUAUGUUAUUUACGUAAGUACUGGCGACUGAGAUACUUGCGUCCCCUGAGAGUACAUGUGUUUUAUGUACUUGUGUCCCCUGUGUGUGAGUACAUGUGAGCUUUGUUAAUGUCUUUGUUUUUCCCAAUACUUUAAGGCAGGCCUGCACAACGCCAAAUGUAAGGUGGGCCAAAAGAAAAUAGGACAGGACUUGUGCCGGCCAAAAGAAAAUAGGACAGGGAGGAAAGCUAUUUAGAAAAUAAUAAGAAUAAAGAAUAUUUCGUUACUUUGAGGGCCACAAAGUGGAUGCUGGUGGGCCACAUUUUGUGCAGGCCUGCUUUAAGGUGUGACUCAGGCGUGACUAACAUUUAUAUAAUGUAUUUUAAGAAUAAUAUAACAAGAGACACUUGCAUGACCACGGCUUGCCCCAGUGCAAAUGCUGUCAUCAAACUUUGCCACUGCACGAAGACGUGUUUGUGUUUGUCAAAAUGAAAAGUCACAACUAAAUUGAAGAUCAUUUCAUAGCUAACACUAAUCACAUCUGUUUAUAAAUAUUAUUUGUUGUAAUUGUUCUUUCUUUGCUGAUUGAAUGCGUGCUUCUCAUGAUUGACAUUUAAAUGUACAUCUUUUAAUUAAAAUUUGUCACUAUUACAAUUAGAAAUUUUUGAGAUAACUUUUAUUGAAAUUGAAUGUCACAAAAAUUAAAGUGUAAUGGGAUCCUAAUCUCACAAUAUCUAUUAAAAACCUAAAAAAGACUUUAUUAAGUUUUUAUCUAAUUCAUGAGAGAAUCUGAGACUUUUUAAUCUGUAAAUACUUCCCAGGUCUUGUGGCUUUCAAUUCCUAGCCUUUUAAAAGGUGACUGGUUUUCACAUGUUAAUUUUUGGAGAACCGAAGGAUUGUUCCGUUGUUUACCAAUCUUUUCAUUUUCCUUUGGCUGCCAAACGUAAGUAAUUUCUCCACACUUUGUUUUUUUGUCCUGAAAUAUUGAUCACUGUUUAGGCUAAGGUUUUUUAUAAGCAAAUGCAUUCAAUAAUACUUUUAACCAAAUUUUGGGAUAUUGAGAAGACGCAAACUUUAAAAAAUUAUCCAUAUAAAUGUGAAUACAUUACGUUAAACUCUAUACAUGUUAUAAUGGGCAGAGUUAUCAAAAAACAACAGUGAGCUAAUAAAAAUACCAAUCGGUUUCUCAUAUUUAUUGGCAGUCAACUGUUUAUACUGUACGAUGCCUUACCAGAACCGUCCCUGAAAUUGAUUUCAUCUGUUACAAGCAGUGCCGUGAACCUUUGUGCUGUUGUUUAUCUAUUGGUAAGUUAUCCUAAUGCAUUUCACUAAUAUAACAUAUUUCUCAGGGCGUUGCAUGCUAAAAUAAAUUUAGUUUAGGAAGCAACAACUUGUAAUUCUGUAUGUUUGAAUAUCUCUUUGUUUUUCACUUAUUUUAUUCCUGGCGAUGUUAAAACAAUAUGAGUGAGAAAAUAGUCUGGUUGUUUAAGAGCCUUGUAGAUACUGUUGUCAUCAGUCCCAGUCUUUUUCCAUUUCUGAAAUUUAUAUAAGAGACACGUCAUCAUAAAAAUUUCCCAGGAUAAUAACAAAGGCAGAACCACUCUGUUUCUUGCAGUUAAAUUUCUUUGGUUUGUCCCCUAAGUUCACUCACUUCCUAUGCCGGUUCUGUUUCAGUGGGUUCUGUUUCAAUGAUUUAGAUUUUUUUAAUAUAUUUUUUUUUUUUAUUUAAGUCCUUGGUCUCCAGAACUAAAUCUUCAUUUAAUGCAAUCAUGAUCCAAAAAAUCUGACUUUCAUUGAUAAAGUGUUCUACAGCACCUUAUCCCCUGCUGUUGUUCAACACCCUCGGCACGCAAAAACCACAAUAAAAUUAUUGCUGCCUGUCACAACAAAUUAAAAAAAUUGACCUCUCUUAUGUUUAUUUGAAGCAAUGUUCUUUUUGCAGCGGCCUUAUGUUAAAUUAAAAUGUCCCAGCAUGUCCUUAAAACAAGUAUUGAGACUUUCCAUGUUUCCAUAUAUUCAAUGUACUAAUUAACAGAGCCUUGUAUAAUUGUACAAGUUUUUGUUAGAUUCCAUUAAAGCCAAAAAAAAAAAAAUGUCUUGUAACUGAUAAAGACAAUUUGUAUUUCCUCACAGGUUGGAUUUCUCGGUUACAUCCAUUUUCACAGCUUUGACAUUCCCGGAGAUGUGAUCAACAUUUUCCCUGCUACAUUUUUCACAGAUGUGACCAAACUUUGUUUUGUGUUUUCCACGGUGGUCACUUUUCCUGUCAUAAUCUUUCCAUGCAGAGCCAGCAUCUACACUUUAUUAUUUGCUAAGGUAAGUUGGCAGAUCACCUUCCUACCAUCAUGAUGUUUUGCAAAGCUAGUGAGAUUGGGAUUUGGGCUGCACUAUCUUUUUCUCUCCCUCAUUCUCCAAAUUUCUCAGAAAUUGCUCGACAAAGCAAAGGGAAGGCAAACAUCUUUAUGCACGUUCAUUGCAUGUUAAAAAAAGGAGAAAACCAACUCUGUGUGGCAGAAGUUUUAAAUGUAUAGCAAAGAUCUAAUUGCUGAUUAGUCCCAUGCAAAGGGUGCUGCAUGUUUUUUAAUGUUUUCAUGAAGGAUUACUCCUUUUCCUCACCUGUCUAUUUUGUUAGUAACUAAUGUAAAAGAAUUUGCAGCAUGACAACUCAUGGGAAUAAAAUAGAAUACUUUCUCUGUAUUAACAACCAGUCUUUACCAGUCCUCACUUAGAGAAUUCCUUGUCUCAACUUUGGCUUAGCAUGCAGUUCAAGAGUCUUGGAUCACCCCACUAAAACCAUUGUGAUUGUGAUUGCCAUUGCUAGAGGAUAACUUUCUUUUUUCAUUGAGUUCAAAAUAUAUAUAUAAAUAAUUCCCUUGUCUCUAACUUAGUAAAGUAACUAAAAUAGUGUGUGUAUUUCAUUGAAUAUUGAGAAUAUUGACAAGCUUUGAUUUUUUUUUUUUACAAAGCAUUUGAAGACAAGCAAAAUAAUAUGAGUAAAUUAUAGAUGCAUUUCAUGCAUGUCGUAGUGAGGCAGUUAUUUUUUUUUUUUUUCAGGAAUGCUUUAUUUGAAUGUUUCUUUUAGAUAUGUACAUUUAAAUAUUGAUUUUAUGUUUUGACCUUGGUGAAGUUUUUUAAAAUUUUUUUAUAAACAUUGUUUCGGUCUGUGUAUAUGAAAUUUUCCCUGAAUUCUAGACAGUUGAAUCAGUGGUGAGUUGUUUGUAUGGCUUUCAUAUCAAUAGCCAUAGUUGUUUCUAACAGGCUGUCAAGUAUUUUAUGCCUUGUGGCUGUAGCUAUUUUUUUGUGUGAUAUGUUUUAUAAGAAUAUUUGGCUUUUUGCUUUGCUAAAACUUAGUAAAUGUCUAAUUGCACUCUAUAAUUUAUCCCAUACCUUACAACACACUAUAUUCAAAUAUCCCAAGUGAUGGGUUUAUUGAUACGUUUUACUUUUUUGAUACUUUUAAAUUUGAAUGCUGGUGCAAUUUAUUAUUAGUAUUUUUACAAGAUCUCAUAUAAAAUAAUUAUGAUGCUAGUUUUGAAAUGAAAAAUACUGACAUAAAAUAGACAAAAUAAAAUAAGUUUUACUGAAUUUUAUAAGAGUAAAAAAGGAAACUAAAGUCGGUAAACAACAUUUCAACUAUGGUAUUACAAAUCCUUGUUGAUGUCCCUUAAAAUUGUUUUCUUGGUUGUAAAAAGUGUACAAUUAUUGCAUACAAUUGUUUUUAAAAAUGUGAAACUUCUGAUCCCCCUUUUUUUUUAACCUGCUCUAACAAAAUACAGUUCAACUCUAGUCGUCUUAUGAAGUCAGUACUCGUAAAAAGUACUCUCUCCAAUCUUAGUCUUAGUAUACUUUAUGGUCGUUUUUAAGGACCCUUCUUAAGAAUGUAACUUUCUUUUGGUCCUGUGGCACAAUAUUAUUGUUGUCUGCUUACUGACCAAGAGGAUUGGAUUAAAGAUUUUUUAUAAAAAUUCCAUUAUUUAACUUCUAUUUACAUUGGUUGUUUUUUUAAAAUGUUCUUCUUGGCUUCCCUAACCCACUUGUUUUCGUACAUUUAGAAAUCAUAAAAAUGUUUGAAUAAAAUGUCUUGUAUCUUGUAUCCACAAUUUAAAGUUUUUUGUUUUUUUUCUAACCGUAACAUUUUACCAUUUGCUUUUUUAAAGCCUGUUGCCUAAAUUCAUUGGGGGCUAUUAAUCUUAUUUUAUCCAUGACUUUUACUUAAUAAAUUAGAUUAUUUUAGAUCCAAGACACGAUGUGUCCAUUUAUUUCAUUCAUCAUUAAUUACUGUUAUAAAGCACACUUUACCUUUCCAUGCUUUAACACACAGGGGUUUCUUUUAAUGUCCUUGUUUUGUCACAUACGCCCUGUCAUCGUCUAUUCCAAACUGUAAGUAGCUUAGCCAAAGAAUUCCCUUUCUGUGUCAGCUUAGAGAUGUGAUGUCACAACACACAUACACCGCCGUCUCUUGUUUUUAUCUCACUACCAGUAUAACUACUUUUAGAAAAGAAAUAAACAAAAAGACCUUGCAGCAAACAAUAAUAUUAAUUGGCGUUGUUGAUUUUAGAGAAGCUUUUCUCUGUGACAUUAAAAAAGAACAUUUACUUUUGCAUAAUUCACAAUUACUUUUUUUCAUAAGGCCAAUAUUAUUUGAAUAUAAUUCAUAUUAUUCAUUUUUAGCUUAUUUUAAUUAAAACUAUUUUCUUCAUCAGAUAGAAGAAUUUCAGAAGGUCGAUUUUGAUAUGCUUGACGUAAAUAGAUUAUAGAAGAUUGUUCCAUUUAUUUUCAAUUUUAAUUAAAGUUCUAAUUUCUUGGUUAUCAAUUUCAUUGUUAAUAAAAAAUAAAUUUUUCUUUCUGGAAUCAUUUUUUUUUUUAAAGUUAUUAAAAAAAAUUAUUUGUUAACAAUGUGAUUUGAAUUAUUUUUUUUACUUUACUCUUGGUAUAAUCUUGAUGACCAUAUUAUGAUGAGUUUGUUGUCUUUUCUUUCCCAUUGCUGUUCUCCUAAUCAUCUAAUGUCAUAAACUUAUUGGUAAAACCUGCAUAAACUUUAAUGGAAGUCUGGUAUUUAUAAGUAGUGUGUAAUAUGCAACUUUUCAAUUAAGUAUUUCUUAUGAGAAGAAUUAUCAUUUGGAAUAGCAAUGUUAAAAAGUUUUUCCUCUCCCUUUAACAUAAAUUAGACUCUUAACUUGCCUGUAAUUUUGGCGCCCACAAACUAAGGUAAUACCACUACAGGUUAAAUACGUGUCUUUAUGGAUUAGCUGUCAUUACAGAUAUCAGUCUGUGGUUCAUUGUCUUACCAGUCUUCUUGGCUUCUCACAGAAAUCAAAACCUCACGACGACAUGCUGAGCUCUAAUGAACACAUGCCAGAGAAGCUUUUCAAGAGUAUAACAGUUAGUAUUGUUCUUGGCUCAAUGGCCGUUUCCAUAGUUAUACCCAAUGGUAAGUGUUUCAUUCAAUUGAUGGUACAUGAAAAUAUUUGAGGCCUGGUUCAGCUAAACAUGGAACCACCACAUUUCCAUAAAAAAAUAAAAAUAAUUGGCCUAAAUUGCAAUGCUUAAAAAAACUUACUUUGAUCAUUUAUUCUUGCAACAGUGUCUAAUGAAUGAGUUAUUUAUUGAUUUGGUUUCAUGGGUCAGCUGCCAAGUUUUCAUCUUUUGUAUGUUAUAAUAUUGCAGUGGUUCUCAACCUGUGGGUCGCAACCCCUUUGGGGGUCGCUGAUGACCAUCGGAAAACACAUAUAGUCUAUAGUUAUGAAGUAUCAACAAAAAUAAUUUGUGGUUGGGGGUGGCCACAACAUGAGGAACUCUUUUAAAGGGUCACUGCAUUAUGGAGGUUGAGAACCACUGUAAUAUUGGAAUGUUUUGAGUUGUGUAACUUUGAAUGACAUUGUAAAUUUGAAUGACAAUGACAUGUCCACUUCUUUCAUACUGCUCAGUUGAGUUCAUCUUGGGAAUCAACGGAGCCAUCAUGGGAACUCUCAUCUGUUACAUUUUCCCAGCUCUGUUUUUCCUCAAAGUAAUGGGCAGCAAACCUGAAGAGAAGAGUAAAGCGCAGGUGAGUUAGUGUAAAACAAGCUCUUUAAGGCAUUGUAUCAGGAGGGGUGUGGGGGUAGGGGGGGGGGUAGGGUUAGGGUGAAUAAACUAGUUGUUGGCCAUAGUCAAGUGACAAAAAUGCACUGAAUAGUAAGACUGUUUAUUUUUAAGUUACACAUGACCAGAAAUGAUGUGAGGAGGGGGGUGGGGGUAGGGGGGGGGUAGGGUUAGGGUGAAUAAACUAGUUGUUGGCCAUAGUCAAGUGACAAAAAUGCACUGAAUAGUAAGACUGUUUAUUUUUAAGUUACACAUGACCAGAAAUGAUGUGACCGCUCAAAGAAAAUAAGAAAAAAAUAAUGUUACUUGAAAAGCUUGAUUAAAUAUUAUUUUAAAAAUAAAAUUUCAGCUGGUCCUUUUUUGUGGCAUCACCAUUCUGCUUGUGAGCACAUUUGCCACCCUCAGCUCUCAUGACAGGGGACACAACCACCUUGACGAACCAUCGGUACUCAUCCCAAAGAAUCCGACCUUGGCACCCCUUGAACUUCUAAAUGAAGAAAAGAAACCAGCGGAUUUUGAAAGUAAGAUGUUGUACGAUUGUCAUCAUUUCAUUUAUGACAGUAAGAUGUCAUUUCAUUUUUUGACUGUCAGAUUGUCAUAAUUUCAUAUUUUGACUGUAAGAUGUCAUCAUUUCAUUUUUUUUAUUAUAAGAUGUGAAGAGUCGAUUUUAAAAAUGCUGUAUCUCCAUUUUUGGCGUUUUGAGAUAAUCGACUUUUUCUGCUACACAAUGAUGGCUAAAAUGUUCAGAAAAGUAAAUGUUAAUUAAGGUAUAUAUUCAAAAUAAAAGUUAGAUUACGAUGAAAAUUUAAAUGUAGGUUAAUUAAAAUGUAUUUAUUUACUUGGUUGAAUUUCUUAUUUCGUUUCAAAAUGCUGUGUAUCCAGCUGUAACUUAGCGACAAAAUGCUGUAUAUCCAUUUUGAUAGCAUAACAUUAUUCCCAUUAGCAAAUAAUUCAAAUUGUUUAUAGAUUACAAACCACUUACAUAACAAAAUAAAAUUAAAUUGUAUCAAAUACAUUAUAUAAUUGUGUAUGAUUAAUGUUUUUUAUUGAUAUAUUUUAACAGAACAGUAUUAUAAAUGCUGGGAAGUCGCUUGUAAUAGUGUAACGUUUAGAGUGCUAUAAGUUUGCAUGAUUUGUUUUUAUAAAUCUGAAUUCUAAACAAAAGUAAACAAGAUAAUGUUCAAUUCAAAAAUAGUUUUUUUCAAAUUUAGAACAUCGACACAAUAGAAAAUAAUGAAGUAUCUGAUUCAGAGUAUGCAUCAUCUUCAAUAGCAGUUUGGUUUUGUUCCAGGACAAGUUGAUGCUUCUUAUUUACAUUCAAAUCAGAGGGCAAAUAUUUCUGUCCUUGAGCACCUUUUCUUCUGUAAUGGCUGGAUCUGCAUGUAAAAGAUUGAAUGUGUAAAAAAUAACACAGCUAACUCUGUAAAACAACUUUUUAUUUUCAUUUCCGUAACACUUCUGAUGUAUAAUAACCAUAACCCUAAUAAUAAUGUAAAUAUGAAAUUUAGUGUUUUUUUUAAUAAAGUUACCGGUAACUCACCUUGCAGAACCAUUUAUCGUGAUUACACGUAACCAAGGGGAUCUUUCCUCCGCUUGAAUGACAAAAUGAUUUGUCUUUUUCUCAUGUUGAGCUUUUUUUCUUUCUUUUUCAAGAUUUUAUAGUACAAACAACUCUUUCAUCCACGCCAUCGUUAUGCACCGUGUUUUUUGUUGUUUCGCGUCGUGAUGUUUAGUGCGCAUGCGCAGAAUGCCGCAGAAUAGCUUGCCAAUCACACGGAUUGGUCCGAAAAUAUAUGAAGCAUUUUGAUGAUAAAAAAAAAGUUCACACCGUGUUUUGAAAAUAAAAUCAUAUUUAGACAUAGAGUAAUAUAGUAUUAAAAUGUGUUUUGUAGAUAAACUUUAACAUGUCCUAAAGGAACCUGGUUUGCUCUACAAGAAUGUACAGUAAUCUCAUUUGUUCCAAAAUGGCGGAGACCGCGUUUUGAAAAUCGACUCUUCAUGUCAUCAUUUAAUUUUUUUACAGUAAGAUGUCAUCAUUUCAUUUUUUUGACAGUAUGAGUUCAUCAUUUCAUUUUUUUGACAGUAUGAUUUCAUCAUUUCAUUUUUUGACUGUAAGAUGUCAUCAUUUCAUUUUUUGACAGUAAGAUGUCAUCAUUUCAUUUUUUGACAGUACAAUGUCAUUUCAUUUUUUUGACAGUAUGAUUUCAUCAUUUCAUUUUUUGACUGUAAGAUGUCAUCAUUUCAUUUUUUGACAGUAAGAUGUCAUCAUUUCAUUUUUUUGACAGUACAAUGUCAUUUCAUUUUUUGACAGUAAAAUGUCAACAUUUCAUUUGCUUAAUGUCGGAGGGAAAUAAUUAAAUCUAAAUUGAAAAAAAAAUUUAAAUAAAUAAAACUUUAAUAACCCACUGUGGAUUAGUAAGUAAGUUUUAAGGACAAUCUGUUCAAUACAAGUAUUUACAUUAGGAUACAUUUACAUUAGGAUACUUUUACAUUAGGAUACAUUUACAUUAGGAUACUUUUACAUUAGGAAACAUUUACAUGUAUUGUGCAUUUGGGAGGAUACAUUUACAUGUAUUGUACAUUUGGGAGGAUACAUUUACAUUAAAAUACAUUUACAUGUAUUGUACAUUUGGGAGGAUACCUUUACAUGUAUUGUACAUUUGGGAGUAUACAUUUAAAUGUAUUGUACAUUAGGGAGGAUACAUUAACAUUAGCAUACAUUUACAUGUAUUGUACUGUACAUUCGGGAAAAGAUUUUCAGAUUUGAAUAGCCAAUCAAGAAGUGAAAGCGGUGUCAAUGAAACCUUACAUCCUUGAUUAUUUAAAUUCAUUGCUGUUUAAAUUGACUGCUUUUCAGCUGAAAAGCGGGACAUAAAGACUGGGGCUGUUGAUCCAGGGUCACAUGUGCGUAAAGAACCCCCAAACCCUGACCCACCUGAAAAAGUUGUCAUAAUGCCUGUGGUAAGUUUUUAUCAUUCUCCUUUUCAUCGUAUGUUAAAUUUAAAAUUUCAAUUAAAACAGUGAUUGUCUGUUGUUAUUUUAAAAAAAAAAAUUUAAAGACGUCCUCCACAAUGUUCAGGUUGCUGAAAACCAUCUGCAGGAAGAAGUGAAGGGAGAUAAUGUGGAGAUCAAGGCGAAUGAGAUCAGCAAUGAAGAACUUGAAAUAGCCAAUAAGGUGAAGGUAAGAAGAAUUAUUGCUAUCUUAUAUAUGCUGGGGUCUGAAGUCAUGGAUUGGUGCUAUUAUAGAAAUCCUAAAACUUUUCAAAGCUCAAAAUUAUGUUUGAUAUUUUUCUUAAUUUUUUUUUUUUUUUUGCUAACAAAAAAAAAUUUUUAAAAAAAUCCCAGAAAUCUUUUGGUAAAAAGAAAAAUAAUGGCAUCCCUUGUAAGCAUAGAGUUAUGUCCCCAAUAAUGGCAUCCCUUGUAAGCAUAGAGUUAUGUCCCCAAUAAUGGCAUCCCUUGUAAGCAUAGAGUUAUGUCCCCAAUAAUGGCAUCCCUUGUAAGCAUAGAGUUAUGUCCCCAAUAAUGGCAUCCCUUGUAAGCAUAGAGUUAUGUCCCCAAUAAUGGCAUCCCUUGUAAGCAUAGAGUUAUGUCCCCAAUAAUGUAUCCCUUGUAAGCAUAGAAUUAUGUCCCCAAUAAUGCAUCCCUUUUAAGCAUAGAAUUAUGUCCCCAAUAAUGUAUCCCUUGUAAGCAUAGAAUUAUGUCCCCAAUAAUGUAUCCCUUUUAAGCAUAGAAUUAUGUCCCCAAUAAUGUAUCCCUUGUAAGCAUAGAAUUAUGUCCCCAAUAAUGCAUCCCUUGUAAGCAUAGAAUUAUGUCACCAAUAAUGCAUCCCUUGUAAGCACAGACUUAUGUCACCAAUAACAAUAACUUUAUUUUCACGUUUUAAUGAAGGUUUUAUAUAUUUCUAAAAUUUUUGAACCUCUUAUUGAAAAUGUGUAUCUGAUCUCAAAUAAAAUUAAUGAAAUGUUUAAUAUAGAAGUCUUUGUUCAUCCUCAUAUUAAUAGGAAGUACUGGCCAUCACCAGUGUAUAUACUCUCUAACAUCCCUUGGGAAGUACUGGCCAUCACCAGUGUAUAUACUCUCUAACAUCCCUUGGGAAGUACUGGCCAUCACCAGUGUAUAUACUCUCUAACAUCCCUUGGGAAGUACUGGCCAUCACCAGUGUAUAUACUCUCUAACAUCCCUUGGGAAGUACUGGCCAUCACCAGUGUAUAUACUCUCUAACAUCCCUUGGGAAGUACUGGCCAUCACCAGUGUAUAUACUCUCUCAAAUCCCUCUGGAAGUACAGGCCAUCACCAGAAUAUCCACUCUUUCAAGUCCCUCUCUUCAUUCUUUGUCUUCUGCUAGCUCAAUAGACUGACUGCUUGUUUUUAUUUUUAAAGCCUCAUAUAAUGAGUUGUUGGCUAGUCUAGUUUAACCACUCAAUGGCCCCAUUUAAAGCCUCAUAUAAUGAGUUGUUGGCUAGUCUAGUUUAAGCACUCAAUGGCCCCCAUUUAAAGCCUCAUAUUAUAAUGAGUUGUUGGCUAGUCUAGUUUAAGCACUCAAUGGCCCCAUUGUGUUGUCCUAGGAGCUAGAGAAAGAAAAAAAACAAGAUGACCUGAUUGCCAAGCUAGAACUGCACAGGGUGGAGCAGGAAAGGUUAAUAGAAGAACAAAAGCAGCUCCUGAAAGAGUUCAAAAAUCACCAUGAGCUGGACAUGAAGGUACCGUUAGCAGAGUUAAGGCCCCCCCCCCCUAUCCCCCAUUUGCUGGCAUCUGGAUCCAGUAUUAUGCAGCGCCAAAUUUCAGGAAGUACAAUAGAUAUUGAAAAAGAGCAGAGUCACUAGAUUUAAACUUCUAAAAAAGUCUGAUAAUAUAAAUCAGACCUUCUUAACGUACGGCAAACACUUGGUGGCCGGUGAAGUAACGAAAUAUUUUUUAUUAUUAUUAUUUUCUUAAUAGCUUUCUCCCCUGUCCUAUUUUCUUUCGGCCCGCACAAGUUUUCAUGAAGUAUUAUGGCCCGCCUUACAUUUUGAGUUAUGCACACCUGACCUAAAUCGUUUGGAUCAAGCCAACCAGACCUGAGAAUUUGAGACCAACUCAAAAAUAUGCCCAACCUCCAAUUGUUUACCUUUGCCAAAAUAUAGCAACCAUAUUUUAGAGUGGUCUUCAUGAAAUUUUUACUAAAUUCCUGAUAAGCCAUAGCAGGCGUAAAUACGAUAAUUAGAAAUUUAAACAUUCUGGAAUACAUGCAGUGGGACUAAAGCAGCAUAUAGCAAAAAAUGCUAGCGUGCAGCCAUCCUCAAGACCCAUUGUCGGCAUAUUUGAUCAUUCUCCCCCCCCCCCCCCCCCCCCAACAUCUGUUAAGAACUUACGAUUAAUUACUUAAACAAUAUAGUAAACUUUCCAUUUUGGAAAUCUUUUCAUGCCAUUUUUAAAAUUAAUUUAAAACCUUUUUAACCCUGGUUUAUUUUACUUACGACUCCGUCUUUUAACCAACUUCUUCAUAUCCUAGAAAGUUGCAAUAUGGCAGGCAAGUUCCGCUAAUCUAGCAUUUUUAUCUAUCAAGUUUGAACCCCCAAAAAUGUGUCUGUUGAUUAGCAUUAUGAAUUAUAUGAGAGAGUCAAAUUUAGCAUUUUAAUUAUUUGCCUAGUGUUACAUACUGUCACAAGGUUUUAAAUAUUUUAAUUAUUUGUCUAGUGUUACUUACGCGUACCCUUGCAAGGUUUUAACAAUUUAAUCUGUUUAAAGAUUUGACUUGUUAAAAGAACAAUAUCUAGCAAAGGACUGAAACCAGUGUAUUGUUUGCUUGCUAAAAUCUGUGAACUUUGGUUGAUGAACUAGUCAGCUUUGUUGGGUUGCAAAAAUCUGUGAACUUUGGUUGAUGAACUAGUCAGCUUUAUUGGGUUGCAAAAAUCUGUGAACUUUGGUUGAUGAACUAGUCAGCUUUAUUGGGUUGCAAAAAUCUGUGAACUUGGGUUGAUCAACUAGUCUGCUUUGUUGGGUUGCAAAAAUCUGUGAACUUUGGUUGAUGAACUAGUCAGCUUUGUUGGGUUGCAAAAAUCUGUGAACUUAGGUUGAUGAACUAUCAUGAACUAGUCAGCUUUGUUGGGUCGCAAAAAUCUGUAAAUUUGGGUUGAUGAAAUCGUCAGCUUUGUUGGGUUGCAAAAAUCUGGACUAAGUACAAUGAUAAAUGUUUUUUUUCCAUUCUACUUGUUACCCUCAUUUCCCUAGGGCAACGCUUCCAGAUUUCUUCUCAACAGUUGUCACUUGGUUAUAAUGUGGGAGAACAUAAUGUAUUUUCAUGACAUAUGUAAAAAAAGGAUAUAUGAAUGUUUACGUUUUUAUUUUCUCUUACUUAAUGUUAUCUAGGGCAAUAAAGUUCAACCAGAUUUAUCAUCUUUCCACUCACACAGGAGAAAAUUCAGCAAAACUUGCAACAGCCCCAAGAUACAGCUAAUGGUCCAUCACAUCAAAAUAAUGAACUGCCCGCCAACCCUCAGCAAGUACCUGCUGACCCUCACCUAUUACCCGCCGAACCUCAGCAAGUGCACGCCAACCCUCAGCCAGUUUCUGCCGACCCGGGGCAAGGAUCUGAUAGCCUGCAUCAGGAUGUCAAUCCUCAGCUUCGGCAGCUGCAGUUCAAUGAACAAGUGAAUGUAGGUCAAAACAGAGGCUUAGUAAUGGCUAAUGUAACCAUAGACAAAAAUGCAGUAGUCACUUCACAGAAUGGGCUGGCUUUACACCAAGCCAGGGAUUUGGGAAAACAAAAGGCACCGGAAGAUUUACCGCAAGCUGAAGCCGGAUAUGAGCAGUCACUUAAUGGUCAGCAACAUGGAUUAGGUUUGAAGGAGCAGGGUAUACUUGGACAAAAUCCUCCGAACAUAGAGGCAAUGGCAUUAAAGCCCAAAAAUGACCUGGAGAAUCCAUCCAAUCUAAAUUUCCCUAGCAAUAUAGAGGGCGUCAACCCUUUUGAUCCGAUCAACCUUGCCGCAAAGGGUUUUGACCAAGCUGAUGCAAACCGGCAACAUUUUGAGCAUGCAGCAGCAGAUGAUUCAUUAAGGUUAAAGAGAGAUGUUGAACAAAGGGGCGUUACUCAGACAAAUGAUCAACAGCCCCUGCCUGGAAGUGACUUAAAUACAAAUGUGCCGCCGCAAGUGAGCUCCAUAAGGAAAAAUGAAUUGAAGGAUAUUGAUAAAACAAGUCAAGCUCCUUUAACAUUAAGGCAAGACCUGACGACAAGGGUUUCAGAUAAUGGUAAUAAUUUGGUGCCUCAAAUAGCACAGAGCAGUGCAAAGGAGAAUGUGACACCUAAGGUAAAUCAGGAAAUCAGACGCAGGCUUAAGUUUUUUGGGAACUUGUAACAUUGAGACUGGUAUUCAUAAAUUGUGGUAUCUACACUCAUGUUCAUAAAUUGAUUCAAGCAGCUAGACUUAUAGUUGUAAAUUGGUUCUGGUAGGUAGAACUAUAUUCUUUUAAAUUAAUUCUAGGAGCUGGACCUAUCUUCGUAAAUUAUUUCAUGCCUUUGCAGCAGAUCACUGUAUUGACUUCUUAGGAUGAUACUUUAUGGUUCCCUAGAAAGUGAAUUUUUAUUACAGGUACAAACUUUGAUGUGCUAGAAAGGGACCAUGUGAACAUCAUUAUUUUCACCCAUUUGUGUUGAAAUCGGGGUAAAACGCCCACAACUUACAUGACCUAGUGCCUAUGACUUAUUUUGUUUUUCAGAAAUCUUUUGCUUUCUAGUUAAUUUUUACCUAUUUUUCAUGAAAGUGCUUCGGCUUAUUUCAAAUUUGAUGAUUGGUGUGGAGGGAAUUGAUGACAUAUUUAAUUCUGUUUCUUUAAUCUUUAUAGAUUAAAUGAUUUAUAUAAUGUAAUUCUUGAAUAAAAUGGUUUGAAUGCUAUAAAUUUUAAUUGAACUUUAAAUCCAUUCUAUAAUUUAUUUCUGGGACAUAUUUCUAAAUAACCCUUAAGAAAUUUUAUCAUCUAUUUUGUUUACUUAACUGUGAACUACUUCUUUUGUUUUAGUUUCUCAUAUUAAUUAUAAAUUUGGAUAGAAUUAAGGGCAUAAAACAGUUAUCUAUGUGCGCAACCACAAGUUAUAGAAAAUUAAGCUUGUUUGAAUCAAGAAAUUCAAGUUUUGGUCGCAAAAAAAAAAAAAAAUUCCAAAAAUUUAAAGGUACUGGUACCCAAUUAAUUUGAUGCACUGAAAAGUAAACAAAUUAUAUGCCCAAAAAAUGGAUCACAUUUUGAAACUUGUUCUACUCGUGAAUCAUAGAUAUCUAUAAAAUAAAAAUAACAUACUGUUAUCAAGGUUAAUCCCCACCGAUAAAAAUAGAUUUACAUCUUUUAUGAAUAUUAACAUUGAAUUCUCAUGACCCACUUUGGUAAAGACUUAUUGUGGAGCAUGUUUAACCUUUGGUUUAUUUCUUCUACUGCAUCAAAGUGCUAACUAUAAAUACCUUCUCUAUAAAAUUUAACAUAACUUUUAUGGAGAAACCAUCAGCUCAUGUAUCAAUGUUUUUCAUUUUGAUGUACCGGUAUUGAAAAAAUAUUGUUUGAGUGCAACUUUUGUUACUUUAUACCUGGGACCUGUAUUAUACAUGGGACCUUUGUUAUACAUGGGACCUUAGCCAUUCUACAAAUAUAUGUGUAUCUUAUUUUUAUUCCUUUAAAAUUCUGCAUACGACUAUGACAUGGUUGCAAGAUAUAAAAAAAAUAUGUAUCUCAUAUUCAUAUAUAUAAAAAUAUUGCGACUGCACUCUAUCAAGCAGAAAUGUCCUCUUCAUUUUAAAACAAUACAAUGUAAAGAUAUUCUUUGAAAUGCAAUUUAGUCCAGUGCUCCAAGAAAUAUCAAAGGGUAUUCUCAAUGAUUUUUCUAAUUCUUCUGAAUUUACAAAUUUUACCAUUUUCCACCUUUGAACUAAAUUAGUUUUGUUCGCAGACUUUAAUUUAAAAGUCAACCUCAAGAAUGAAUGAUAAGGUUGAAUUUUUGGAGGGGAUGAUGUGGAAAAAAAAAAGGAAAUGAUUUUUUUUAAUGUUGACAAAAUCAAUGAUCUCAUAUUUUGUGGAGAAGUGUGUUUGUCAAUAUGGUAAAUAUUUAACACUCCACCAGUAUUUAUAUCUCUGACCUGUGAACAUAAUUUUUAAGACAUGUAAUUGUACGGUUGUUACCGGAUAAUGUCAUCAGAACUGAACAUGAGGGGAAACAGCUUAUCUUUUACUGAGACACAUUCACAUUGUUGUAACUUUAAAAAAUCUCAUACUCUUUUAAGCCCAAGUGAUGAAAAUCUGGUAAUCUCUUACCAUAUUUUAAUGUUUUCAUUAAUUUGUCUACUUUUGCUUCAGUGUAUUUAAUCAUUAAUCAUGUUAUGCACUCUCUCUGUACUUUACCCAAUUUGAAAAUUCUCAGGGUGCUUAGACCAUUUACUAUUUAGGUAUUUUUGGUGAAAGUGCCUGCAUUUGUCAAUCUGGAAAAUCAUUGAACUCUAUUGAAGUAUUCAAGAUUUGUUUUGUUAAGAAUGCAGCAUAUUCUGGAUUCCUACUCUUGGUGACACAAUUCAAAAACAAAUAACUUGUACUCUACCGACACAGCAUGUAAGAAUGCAAAUUUGGUGCAUUGGCGGCUACUUUUUAAGUUUAAAUUGAAUUUUGAUUCGGAUCAGUGUUAAAGUAACUUGGAAAACAAUAUUUACAUAUGAACUGUGUUCCAUGUUUUUUUAGUAGGGGCUGCCAGUGGUUAGUGUUACUAGUUAGUUACUUUAAGAGUUUUUAACCAUCAUUAAGUUCCUUUAUGUACUUGGUGGCCAUUUUGGUCUCAAUCUCUCACUUAUCUUAAAUUACUUAAAAUGAGAUCAUCCAUGUACUGCCUAUGCUCUUAAUGAGGAUUAGACUUUGCAGGGAAUAAUUAAAAUAAAUGCUUGUCACAACGUACCAAAACAAGAAUUAUGAGAGGCAUAAUAAAAACAACCUUUUGCUGUUGUAGCUGUAACAACAAAAUGAAAAAACCCUCUCCGAAAGUUCUUAACAUGUACACCUGUAUUAAACAGCAUUUCUUUCGUACUGGAGUUCACUUGCAUGUACUUAAAAGAGGGUAAGGCAUAACAGAUAUACCUCUGUAAUAAGUAAUUUGGCUCUGUUAACUUGCAUACCCAUAACUGUAACUUGUUGCAUGCCUUAUGUUAAAAGUAAAAACUACAACAAUGUCAUCAGUUUCAGUUAUCCACCUAGAAUUCUUUUUCUACUUUCUCAGGUGGCUGUGCAACAGAGCUUCUGCAAAAAUUAUACCAUUAAUAUAUGAAUAUUUUCACCUAUAAUGUUGUUGACAAUUAACUCAUGUGUUUCAAUUUCAGAAAAGUAUUUUAUAUUAUUAUUAUUAUGCAUUGUAUGCUUUAUUUUUGUGCAUACAUUUUAAUGUGUAUGUGUUACAUCUUAUUCAUAAUAAUUUUUUGUAUGUUCUUGAGUGCCAAAAUGUUUACAUUGAACCAAAUUUAGUAAGAUUAAAGAUGUGUGAAUUUUAAAUGUAAUGUUUAUCAGCAAUAGAUUUUUAAAGCUGUAUGAAUGUGGAUGUUUUCAUAAUUUUAAGGUGUUAAUGUAAGGCAGAGCUCUGUGUUAGAUCUAAAAAAACACACCAAACAACUGCAGUAACAUCAAUUGUAAUAAAUUGUAUGUAAAUUAAAUCUAUACAAAUCCAAAGAAUCCCUCGGAUCUCUUUGAAAAUCGACUCUACUUCUACAUGUGUAUAUUUUUUAAAGUGCCAGGUCAUCAGAAAAAUUUUAUGUUGAUUAAUUAACAAUGUCAAAGCCUUUAUUACACUCCUUUUUGGCACUUUAAACUUUAUUAGUUCAAAUUGUCAAAUAAAUAUAAUCCAUACAUAUAUUGGAUAAAACACUUGU